CAGCAGUACUCCGUUUCCUGUUUCGCUUCCUAUGAUUCCAUUAUUUACUUGCCUAAUGGACAAUUUAACUGAUUCAGAAGCUAAAAAAAUUGACAGUCCAGACAGCAAAACGAGGCUUUGAUGAAACUCCAAUCUGCACAGUUUUUCCAAAUGAACCACAUACCACCUUACCAAGACUCAACGUAUGCUGUCCAUCAGCGCUAUGAAGACACUUCUUACAUUAUAUUUCAUCAAAUACAAAAAAACAAACCAAAAGGCAGGCCCCAGGGCAGUUUAAAUGGAUCACUUGCUGGCUCGCAGUUGAGAUCACAACAAGGGGGCAUCGUAGCUGUUCGAAGUGACCGCAGUGCAGUAAGGUCACCUGAGCACAAAACGCCUACAAGCAAGAAAAAACUCUUGUGAAAGACUGUAUAUUUCAAAGCAUUCCUUCUUUUUAUUAAAUCAUUUCUCUUGUUGACUAUUGCGAUGGAGCUUCAUCCCUUUUUAGACAGUAAUGUUCGACCAGCCCCAUAUUGGUGGUACAUAUUACUGAUGACUGGAGAGACUCCUUCAAUGAGAGUUGGUCAUUCUGCUACAUUUGUUCCUGCUGUACACACCAAUGAAAGUGAUAGGGUUUUUGUCAUUGGAGGCGCCAACCCUAGCCAGAUUUUUAGUGAAGUCAAUGUUCUCGAUUUAAAGACUAAAUCUUGGGAUACUUUGGAAGCGCCUGGUUUUCGUGGGAGAUAUGAGCACUCUGCUUUCUGUGUGGACAACCUUCCUGGCCAGUUGUUUGUUUUUGGUGGUGCCACGCAGUCUGGAAGUUUGAAUGACGUCCAGAAACUGGAUCUGGCUACAGGAGCUUGGACAGAUGUGAAAGUGGCUGGGACAGCCCCUUCUCCGCGGACUCAUCGUAGCUCAGUUGUGAUUGGCGCCAAAGUAUAUUUUUACAGUGGGGGACACAGUGGACAAGACCCUGUUGGUGAUCGCAGAGUACACUGUUUGGACACCGUUUCAAUGACCUGGUCUACUCUUGCCCCACAGGGUGAGUCUCCGAAGCCUCGCCACGGUCACAUCAUGGUGGCCAUCAAAAACAAAAUUUACCUGCAUGGUGGGAUGGCUGGCUCCACUUUCUAUGAUGACCUUUAUGUUCUAGAUCUAGAGCGCUGCUUGUGGUCUUGUGUGAAGAAGAAGAAAACAUUCCCACCUGCUCGAGCUGCUCAUGAAGCCAUUCUGUUUGGGGAUGAGAUCAUUAUAUUUGGCGGAAUGAACAAAGCAGGAGCACUUAAUGACUGCUACAAGUUAAAUACUGAGAAAAACACUUGGACUAAGCUAGACUAUGAAAGUCCUGCACCACCGAAUCGUUUAGAUUUUGCAAUGUGUCUCAUCAAACUGAAAGUUCCACUUCAUAGCUGCCAGACCGAAUCAGACACUCCAGCAGAACUUUCAAAGACCAGUGUCCAGGCCAAGCAAAUACUGGAGAGAGAACUUAAACCUGGCAGUGCAAGUUCUCGAGAUUCUUUAUCAGACACUAGUACUGCUGAUGAACCUCUUUAUGCGCUAGAAGCAGACGUAACCCAUGGGGCACAACCCAGUGCUUUGGUGAAUGACUCUGACAGAGGAGACAGUACAACUAGCUCUCAGGAGACAGUCGAGAUCUCUCUCGUAAUGAUCAACGGUGGAAUGGAUACAGAAGGGGAGAUAUUCGAUGAUACUCUGGUUCUGUGUUUGACUUGAAGACACUUUGUUAUUUUUACUUCUUAUUUUUCGGGAAAAUAUCUUUAACAUUUUUUUUUCAAAUAUUUAUUUUUUGUUUGCUAAUUACAAACCUUUUUUUUUUUUUAUUUCAUUUACCUUGUUAGUUGUUGCUUAAAAACAGUAAUUUGUCUCCAGAAAUUCCAUAGAUCUCAGUGAUUAUUAAUUUAAUACAUGGCAUCCUCUGUACAUAUAAAGAGUUCUGUGAUUUUUUUUUUUUUAAAGUUCAGCUUAUGGUGGCUGUUAGGAUGUUAUUUUUAAGCAAUUUGAGUUUUACUUCUGGCCUGGCUAAUGGUUCUUGUGCUAGCCAUACAGAGUUAAGAUUUACCAUUAGUUGUAGAAAAAAAAAGAAGGUUUAGCUCUGCUGAUUUAUGGACUGCAUUGAUGAAUAUUGGGAACUAAUUGAAUUUUUUUUUUUUGUAUUGCUGGCACAAAUUAACAGUUCAUUACUUGCCAAGAUCAAUAAAGUUAAAAGUUUUUUUGUUUUUUUUUUAUGUGAAAAAAACAUACAUUUUUUGUCAGGCUUAAUAAAUAUUAGUCACAAUACUAAUACAUUUUGUAAUACCUUAGUUUUAUAUUAUGUUAAAUAAAUAAAUAUUAGUCACAAUACUAAUACAUUUUGUAAUACCUUAGUUUUAUAUUAUGUUAGACGCUUCACAUCAAUCUUUUUAUUAUUCAAGCUGUAUUUUAUUAUAUAUUUUAUUAUUAAUAAUUUUGAUUGGCUUGUGUUCCCAGAUUCACUACAUUAUUUAACCUAGACUGCUCCUUUGAGAAAUCUAAGUGUACAUGGUCUAGUAAGUUAGAAAAAUUGUUUUGAAAUUUGAAAAGCGCUUUUUUUAAUCAUUUUUAACAUUGACAGUGAAAUAUUUCUGAUUGUGAGAUCAAUAUUGCUAAAAGUAGAGAUGGUGUGUAAACUAAAUCUUGUAUUCAAACAACUUUGGUAUAUCAUCACCACUGAGCUCUUGUGUUAUAAUAUUGCAAUCCACUUAACUAAGGUUCUUCGUUCCUUUCAGAAGCCAUCUUAUUGAAAGUGUUGAUGUACAACUCAGACAUUAUAUGUCUCAAGCUGUAUCCAAAUUUUCUUAGCUUAUGUCAUUAGACAGUAGUGAAGAGCAGCUCUUGUCUACUUACUAAAUCAAAGAAAAAAAAACUUAUUUGAGUUGUUCUCCUGGUUUUGCAAUCGUAGCAUUUUUCUGUAGCAUUUACUCUGAAAUUGGGAAGCGUGGUCGAGAGGCUAAGUAUGCUUGAACUUGGCUUGGCUACCUAUGAAGGGGGCUCAAGAUUCGAUACCCAACUCUAGCAGAGUUGUGUUUACAUACUGAAAAGCUGAUCUUAUUCUGAAUUCUCCAUAGCUUGCCCAGGAUAGAACAGUUAAGUCUGAGAUAUUUCUUUUAGGGACUCUUUGAUAUUAAUGUACACUUCUACAACAGCUGUUUCAGUGUGUUAUCACUCUGAUAUGUUAGUUUUUCAAAUAGGAAAUUGAGAACAAUAUUUUUACCUUGUUUGCAACCGAAUAAAGUCAAAUGUUAUCACCCAUGUAUGUAUAUCUAUCUUGUAUACAAUAGAAUCAAAAAUGUAAUUUUGUAUGAAUUUUUUCUAUUUAUUUAAUUAAAAAAAAACUUUUAAAGACUUGUUUAAAAAAUGGCUUUUUUUUUUUAAAUACAUGUAUUUUUAGUUUUGUAUACCGGUAUUAGGUUAUUAGUCUAUCAUUUUAACUGAUUAUUGAAAUUUUAUUUCUUAUGUAUUUUAAAGGGGAAGAAAAUUUGUGAAGGAAUAUGUUCAUGCAAUUGAAGCUUCAGAAUUGGUUUUGGAGUGAGUUUGGUUCGGCUAAAAAUCCUAUUUUAUGUGUGCUGUUGUUGCUGAUUGUAAUUUUUUUUUCUUCUUAAACAGUUUAAUAUGAAGUUGAGUUGAGAAAGUAAACAAAAAGAAAUAUGUUUGAUCUCUUUGCAUCCCAGUAGCCUUCACUAUGCAAACAUUUUGUGUAUAUUUUUGUUUUCACAAUAUUUGUCUGAACAGCAUGCAUAUUUAAUAUUUUCUAUCAGAACGUUGGCUUAGCUAUCAAACCACUAGUUUUGUAGUAGCCAAAUAUAUUUGCUACGCCUUUUCUAUGACCUGAAUUUAAUUCAAUGCUUCACCUCUUACUCAUUUUUGGAUUGAGCCUUUUGUUCUCCUUUCAUGAUGAUCGUUAUUUGUGGCAUACCAUUUGUGUUUAUUUAAUUAUUAAAACUUAAUUAUAGAUUCUUAAGGAGAAACAAGAGAUUUUUUAAUCUAGAAUUUUUUUUAAAUGUCUUUAGAAUUCAUUAUUAAUCAAUGCUGAUUGUUACUGUUGCAUUGUUUGUUUAAAUAAGCUCAUGAUGAGUCUUGCCAGUUGUGUUAACUAAGCUGUUAUAUUCUAUCUCCUGAUUAGGCUUGUCAUUUAAGUAGAUAUGUUUUCAAUUAAACUUUCAGUUUACUUUAUAAGCCAGUAUAUGCAGAGCUAACCCUUAACUCUUUCUCUCCGUAAUUAUUUACCAGAUUCUGGUGGAAUCAACGCUAGUAUCGUCAGUUAGGAGAGAAAGAGUUAAGUCUUAGUGAAAUCUAGGAAGUAGCUAAGCAAACAAAUGUUGCCUAAAUUUUGUCUACAAACAUAGAUUGUAAGCAGUGUGAGGUAAGCAGUGUGAGACGUGCUGGGCAAACUGGUGAUCUAUUUUGUUUGUUGACAGAAAAUUCACUUUAAUGUGUGGCUGGAUAGCCAAAACUGCUUGACUACCUAACAAUAACAAGGGGGCUCGAGUUCAAAUCCAGACUCAAGGAGAGUUGUUUGUACUGAGUGCCUAAAGGCAGCACGGAUACCUUCUCCAACUGAUCCACGAAAAGGAUUGGCACCGCACUAAGCAGUAUGCUGUACGCAUGAAAGAUGUGCUAGAUAAAAGCAAUAACAAACACACAAAAAACUUCACUGUCAAAAAAAAAAAAAAGAUUACAAAGUUCCACAAGUCUAUGCCUUUGAAUGUUUGUUGUUAAUUGAAGUGUUAAUAACAUAUUGUGAUAUAGCCUACAGUUUGCCUGUUUCGUGUGGUAUUGAAGUAGCUUUCAUCUGUGUACCAGUACUUGAUAAUAUAUACAUAUCUCAUUGUCAGUGUUUGUGCUCUAAAACAAAUAGAGAAUGAUUAAGUAUUGUGUGCAUUACAUACAGUGUGCAUCAAGAAUCUUAGGUCAAGAGUGCAUUGAUGAGUAUUUAGUAUUUUAUUGAAAACAAAGCCCAGCAAUGAUGUAUCUUUAAAACAUCUCUAAAUCUAAGCCAGUGUUGUUUUUUUUUGUUGUUGUUUUUUACAAAGCUUAUAUGAAUCCACUCUGUCUGUUUGGUUAUUUCUCCCACACCCAAUCUUGGAUCAAGCUGAAAUUUUUUCACUUUUAUAUUUCUUUUACCUGAGUAUACAAGAAUCAAUUUUUAAAAAAAGUUAAUUAACUAUUGGUAAUUAUUAUUUUGUUUGGUAUUGAACAAGGGAAAAAAUUUGUUCUUGACUGAUGUGGUGGUAUAAGUUGAAAUAGGCCCUUAAUAGUUUGCUUUAAAGUUUGAAAAUAACAAUACAUAACUAUAAAACUUUCUAUUUUCAUAAGCACUUCUCUAGUACAGUGGUUUGUGUGUUGGAUUGAAGAGGCUAGAGCCCUUGAGUUUGAAUCCAGGUCAUUCAAAUUUAAAAAUUAUUCUAAUUGCACUUAUUUAUUAUUGUUAGUCAAGAUCUAUUACAAAUUUAAUUACAUGACUGAUCCAUAAUAAUUGAUACAACUAUGCUUAAUAUAAGCUUUGGUUUUUAAAGUAUUUUAAAAAUAUUUUCUUGUUUUAAUAAUUUAUUUACCAGUAAUUUUUUUUCUGCAUGUAUAAGAAAAAUAUUUAGGAUUAUUGGGGAAAAUAAUGUUUAUUUGUUAUCUCAAAUUUUAUUAUUUCAACAGUUUUAGUCUUGACACUUUUUGUUUGUGAGAAACAUAUAUCAUUUAUAUAGGCUACCAUUGCUACUUUCAUCAAUGUAACAUUCAUUUAUUGACGAGAAGCUGUGCAAAAUAAAACAAGUCUCUAACAGUAAUGAUUGUCAGUGCUCUAAAUAUUUACCGUACCACAUUUUCCCUUUUUUAAAUAAAAUAAAAUGGUUAUAUUUAUCACAUAAUAAUGUUAAAAAAAAAAAAAUCCUGUGAAAAUUAUGUUUGUUUAAACCUGUCAUGUAAUGCAAUGCAUUUAAAGCUGGGAAACUUAGAAUUAAAUGAUUAAAAAUCUUUUCUUCUAGAUUACCAAACUGGUUCUCUUAAAACAUUUUACAUGUUAAGUAGAUAAUUAUUUUUAAAUGGAAGCAUAUAGGAUUCAAUGUUUAAAUUUAAAUAUGUUUGCGCUUCACGCAUUGCAAUAUAUAACUUAUAGUUUUGAAUUCAUUGCUACUAUGUUAUGUUAUUUAGAGCAAACUAAAUCUUGCAAUGUUCUCUUGUUGUUGGAUUGAUACAUAUUCAGCUCAAGUAUAUUCAGUGCACAAAUUAUUUUAAAGUUUCCAACUGAUAUAUACAUUACACUUAGAGCUUAUGAACAAUAAAUUUCAAGAACACAA